UAGGCACUCCCACCCAACAAUAGAAUCAUCCCGUCAGAUAAGAAGAUCAGUUUUGGUUCGGAAAAAGAUAUGGGGAGGCGAUUUCUAAACCUUGUGGUGGAGAACGCCCGCAGUGGACUGUAUUCUCUGCGCCGCAUACCUGCAAAUCAUCUCUUCUACCCAUCAACAAGAGCAGCUGAAGAGGCCACGGCAAAGUCCCAAGAAUCAUUCAACGCGUACGUUAAGGAGCACCAUGGCAGGAAACAUCCAGGCCUCCACACCUUGGAGAUGUUGGGGAAGCUUCCCUCUCCCAUGUUCAACUUCGAACCAACCCCCUGGGAUGGCCAGCGUCGACAUAGGAAUCUCGAGUUCGCCUCUCUCCUCGGCAAUGAGAACAGGAUCCUCAUUGCCGACCACAGUGGACAUACCAUCGUCUUUGACGCCGACUCCUCCACCGUUUUGCCUUUCCCAACCUCAUUUCUGACAAGGGUUGUGCAGCCAUUUCCCUCUCCAUCAAAAACAACAACUCCAACAAGAACAUUAGUGGCGACAUGUGGGAUGAAGACAGCCUCUACGUGAUGUCCCAGAGUGUUGACCCUGAAACCAAGGAUUACUGCUUUGAAGUGCUCAACUACACUUCUUCUUGUAAGGAUUUCCGUGGGAGGACUCCCUGUUGGAGUUCUCUACAGCCGCCGCCCUUUGCCAACUACAUGCAUGCCGACAUUACUUCCUACACGGUGGUUGACAGCUCCACUAUCUAUGUUUCUUCCAUGGAGCCAGAUGCUACUUAUGCCUUUGACACAGUGGGGCGUCAGUGGCGUCGCCUGGGCUGCUGGACAAUGCCAUUCGAUGGCAAAGCUGAGUAUGUGCCGGAGCUCAAGCUGUGGUUCGGACUAUCCGUCGACCACCCCUACAGCUUAUGCGCUUGUGAUCUCCUCUCCGAUGCAGCAAAGCCACCCACGGUGCAGCAGCAGCACACUUGGGUGGACCUCGACAUACCUGAAUCCUGGUUGCCCUAUAACAUUGACCUCAUCAACCUGGGCUGUGGCAGGUUUUGCGUCGUCAAGAUUUUCCGUUCUAUUGCAGGUGACUGCACAUUGGGUUUCUCCGAUUACGAUGACGAUGACACAAUGGACUCUGACCCGAUUCAGGGGAAAUUCGCUGUCUUAACUGGCCUACAGAUGGUUGGACCUUGUGGUAAAGAUGGUGAUGAUCAAGGUGGUGUCCGGAUGAUCAAGCACAAGUCCAUGUACUACAACUUUUGGGACUAUGAAAUCGAAUGGGUUAUCUGAAGCUGAGGGUUUUACUAUCAAGCAGCUAUCUAGCAUAUGUGCCCUAAUUUCAUUUUGAUAUUUGAAGCAAUUAGUGCUAGCUUUAAUCUGAUAAGCUUUAUAUCAUGCAUGUUUCUAGCUAGCUAGUGGACUGCUGUAAGAGACCCUAGUUAAUUAGUAAUUAAUAGGAUUGGAUUUCUAAAUCAGUAGUGCUAUCUAGGUAUAAUAUUUCUGAUUAGUACCUGAUAUGUGUGUACCCAUUCUAACGCAAAUCGAAUUGGUUCUGAAACUAAUAUCAUUUUGCUAUAUAUGAAGCAGAAUGGG